UGACCAUAUAUUUAUUAGUAAACUGUCCGCUUUACAAGACGAUCUUUUAGGCAUUUGACUAAUCAUCUCAUGCCAUUGUUUUCGAGUCUUCUUAUCCCUACAAAGUGAAUGCGCCAAUCGUGAACUUCAUUGUUACACUCUAUAUGGUCAACAAUCCAGCAGAUUAUAAAAUAAGAGGAUUUACAUGAUGCACUUAUUACAUUCCCGUGAUAUAGUAUAUUUCUGAUAUAGAUUCUUCUAAGUUCCCUUUGUCGAACUGAAAACUUUCUAGACAAAAGAAGAAAAGCUCUGAAAACAGAACUACGCACGACGAGUUAACGUGUAAACCAAUAGUUAAUCUUCUCCCGCCGUGCUUAAAAAAUCAACAAAUAAAAGGCGAUAAAGCUUGAGAAGUAGCCUCGAUGGUCUGAACUUCACCAACGCACGCUGAAUAGAGGGGUCCGCUAAAAAGAAAUACAAUCCGUACAAUACAACUGCGUUAUGGAAUUGGUAAAGUUCUCCAAAAAACUCUGGUGCGUGCGUAAUCAACUUGUUCUGCUCCUUGCGCCUCUGGUACUGCUUCCGCUGCUGUUCGUUCUGCCGGCAAAGGAGGGGAAAUGUCUGUAUGUGGUACUCCUCAUGGCACUGUUCUGGUGUACGGAGGCUCUCCCUCUAGCUGUGACUGCCAUGUUGCCCAUCUGUCUCUUCCCUACCAUGGGCAUUCUACCCUCCAAGAAGGUCUGCCCUCAGUACUUCCUGGAGACUAACUUCCUCUUCUUGAGUGGUCUGCUGAUGGCCUCAGCAAUUGAGGAGUGGGGUCUGCACCGGCGCAUUGCUCUCAGGGUGCUCAAGAUUGUUGGAGUGAAACCAGCCUGGUUGAUUAUGGGCAUGAUGAUCACUUCCUCCUUCCUCUCUAUGUGGCUGAGUAAUACUGCAACCACAGCCAUGAUGCUACCCAUCGCUAAUGCCAUUCUGGAAAGCCUGUUUGGAGACCUGAAGACACUGAAGGACAACUGCAAGGUGAAGGAAGUUCCUGAAAGUCAGUGUCAGGUAAAGCUGCACAUACUGCCAUCAGAAAAGCACAUCCUGACUGAGGAGGAGAGAGCUGAUGGAAUGGAAAAAGUGGACGAGAGGAGUCUAGAAGAGAUCAGGGGAGAUGCAGAAUACCAGUUGAAAGUUUGGAAAGGAUUCCUCAUUUGCAUUCCUUAUGCUGCAAGCAUCGGAGGUACGGCGACACUCACAGGAACAGCACCUAACCUUAUCUUCAUCGGCCAGCUCAAGAGUUACUUCCCACAGUGUGACUUGAUCAAUUUCGGGUCAUGGAUUGUCUUCGCUUUCCCGCUCAUGGUCAUCUUCCUUUUCGUUGCAUGGAUCUGGAUUGCGAUCCUCUAUGGAGGACUGACCUCACGAUUGUGUGUAAGCAAACAAAAGAGCCACGCAGCUGCAGAGGCUAAGGCCAGAGCAAUCAUUGAUGAAGACUACAAAAAGCUUGGGCCCAUCAAUUUUGCAGAGGGAUCCAUCUCAUUCUUCUUUAUUAUCUUUGCUGUCCUCCUGUUUACCAGAGACCCUAAAUUUGUCACAGGGUGGUCCAUAUUCUUCAACAAAGGGUACGUGUCAGAUGCUGUCACAGGAGUCUUCAUCGUCUCCAUCCUUUUCUUCUUCCCCUCCCAGCGUCCCUCGCUGCGGUGGUGGUUCAACCCUCGAGCCUCUACCACCCCAUAUGUGCCUCUGCUGUCGUGGAAGAGAGCUCAGGAGUGUGUGCCUUGGAACAUUGUCCUUCUCCUGGGUGGCGGCUUUGCUAUGGCGAAGGGCUGUGAGGAAUCUGGAUUGGCUGUGUUGAUUGGAAAGCAUCUGCAGCCACUAGCUCAUGUUCCUCCUGCUGUGGCCUCAAUUCUCAUCACAGCCUUCAUCGCCUGCUUCACCGAGUUCGCCAGUAACACCGCAACCAUCAUCAUCUUCCUCCCAGUCAUCGCUGAACUAGCCAUGCGUGUCAACGUGAACCCCCUGUACUUCAUGAUUCCAGCAACGAUCGGCUGCUCAUAUGCUUUCAUGCUUCCAGUGUCCACUCCUCCCAAUUCCAUUGCCUUUGCCUCAGGACACCUCAUGGUCAAAGACAUGGUGAAGACUGGGUUUAUGAUGAACAUCCUGGGCAUCUUGUGUGCGUCUCUGGCUAUAAACACAUGGGGAUUGCACCUGUUCGCCCUGCACACCUACCCAGAUUGGGCUAGGACUCUCAACACUACAGCAACCACAAUGACUGUAACUACAUUACCAGCAUUUAACCUUACUGGAUAGAGAAAGCCAAACACACA